CACAGAUUUCUAUUUUUAUUUUAUUUAUUAUUAUUAUUAUUAUUAUUUAUUUUUUGGUCAUUUUUAUCUGGUUCUUGUAGAACACCUCAGUAGCUAUGAUUAUUAGCUAAGCAUUAGUUUUACAACGGGAACAUCUGUUUAUUGGACUAUUAAAGAGACGUUUGAGAACUUUUGCACCACUUUUGCAUAUUACAAAAUACCUGGAUUUAACAUACUGGCCAUUAAGUAGUAUUUUGGAUAUUAUUUUUAGAUUAGGCAUAAAGCCAUCGCUUUGCUUGGAAUAGCUUUUUUGCCACUGAAGACACUCUGAUCGUGUGGAAAUUCGUUAUCAACACUGAAAUUUCCUCCUCUUUCCCUGGAUCAUGUACCAGGAUUACACCGUGACAUACGACACAUCCUCCCGCGGCAGCAGCAGCUCACCGGCGCACCCGAACACCAGCCCCAUCCCUGCCUCCAACUACCAGAAGUAUAGAGUAGACAUGCCUGGCUCUAGCAGUGCCUUUAUUCCAACCAUUAAUGCCAUAACUUCCAGUCAGGACUUGCAGUGGAUGGUUCAGCCUACAGUAAUCACCUCCAUGUCUAAUCCAUACUCUCGGCCUCACCCGUAUGGCCUGUCUGUGUCGAGUGGCCCGGGCCUCCUCAACCACACAGCCCUCACACGGCCUGGGGUCAUUCGGUCAAUCGGCGACGCCCGUGGACGACGCAAGAGAGAUGAGCAGCUCACCCCAGAAGAAGAGGAGAAGCGUAGAGUUAGGCGAGAAAGAAACAAACUUGCUGCAGCAAAAUGCCGGAACCGUAGGAGAGAACUGACUGAUAUGCUGCAAGGGGAGACUGAGAAGUUAGAGGAGGAGAAGGCUGACCUGCAAAAAGAAAUCGAGACACUGCAGAAGGAAAAGGACAAGUUGGAGUUUAUGUUGGUGGCCCACAAUCCAGUGUGCAAGCUGCCUCCUGAGGAACGCCACCAGAGCUCUCACUCCCAGCAGUGCGCACCUCUUCCUCUGACCAUGCGCCCCAACCUGGGGCACCGGGGCCAUAUGAACACCCUCCACCCAGUGGUGGUGAAGCAGGAGCCUUUGGAGGAAGAUGACGAAGAAGAGGAGGGAAAAGUCCAGCAUUCAGUCAUUAAGCCGAUCUGCAUGGGUGGAAUGUUUUGUUCAGAUGGAGACAGUCUCAACACACCUGUGGUCGCUGCCUCCACCCCAGUGUCCACCCCUAGCAACCCCAGCCUCAUCUUCACUUACCCCAGCAUGCUGGAGCCCGAGAGCCCUUCACCCUCAUCAGAGUCCUGCUCCAAAGCCCACCGGCGCAGCAGUAGCAGUGGCGAUCAGUCCUCGGAUUCCCUCAAUUCUCCCACCCUGCUGGCGCUUUGAAGAAAACUUUGACAGUGCUUUUUAACUGAGCACACUCAGCUGGGAAUUGAGUGAGGACCUCACCUCUGCAAAGGGCUAACUUGUUCAUUUUAUUUAAACGUUUUGGAAGAGAGUUUUUGUUGUUGUUUAAAUGUAUGUGUGAAUUCCACCCACUAUUUCAGCUUGAACACUGAUGAGGUUUUGUACUGAAAUCCUGAGAACUGAAAGUCAACAAACGAAAGCAAAAGAUUGCAUUUGUCACCUUUAACAUCACUCAAAGUAUCUUACAGUCAACAUGUAUUAAAGCCAUCAGUCGCUAGUUCGGAAGAGCAACAGGUUAAUAUUUCCUGCUGGCCAUCUGACUAAGAAAACAGGGUGGAAUUGCUUGAAAGAUUGAAUUCCUGAUAGGUACAAAAUCCAACAUUGGACACUACGGUAGAUAACUGCCCUCAAAACAUCAUUAAGUUUGUAUUUGUGACAUGUAAAUAUCGUCCCAUUGUAUUUUGUGUCCUGCUGUUUAAACUAUUUAUGGUUCACUGGAUGAGCCUGAAACAACCAGAUGAGUGUGGAAACAACCUCUUGUAUAAUUAAAGGCUGACCUUUGUUGAUAUUUUGUACAUGUGGCACAAGCACUAAGAUAAUUUGCCAAAUUGACAUAGCUUUUCCUAUGUAAAGUUAAAAAAAAAAAAGCAUCAGUGAAUCUACUGUCAGGGAAUUUUGUCUUUGUAAGUGAGCCAAUACAAGCAUUAUUAGAAGCAAUUGCACACAGAAUACAAAGCAAAUGACAAUAUAAGAUAUGUUCAUGAGGGAAACUCUAGCCAUAUUAGGCUCUGCCUCUAACCCUGACAUGGCAAUACCACUUUUGUAUUGGCACACACUGAGGUUUUCAAAUAAUAAUAAUAAAAUAUAUGAUGAUUAUGUAUUACUUUUAUAAUAUAUACUUUUAUGUAUUGAUCUGCCCUUUUUGCCGGGUACAGUUUGAACUGAAAUAUAUACCAGCCAUAUGAGCACUUGUCCCUGAAACACUGGUUGGCUUAAUUGCCGCAUUUGGGAACAGAUGCAUUUUGUUAGCAACCUUACAAUCAAAUAAAAUGCCAUUCCUUACAAAGUCGGAUUAAAGAGGGAACACAAAAUUAUUUUAAAAUGUUUGAUGCAAAAUGUUAGCCCAUUGUGCAUCGAACACUGAAGAAAAGAUACUGAUUGCAAUAUUUCUCAAUAAACUCUUUAAAAACAUUCUUUGGAAAAGAAGACUGAACUGAGGUUAAUGACUGAGGUUGAAUGGUAGGAUUUUGUUGUACUGGAUGCAGCAAAUUGAAGCAAAACAAAUGCCGCUUGACUGGCUUCUAUUUGAAGGACAUUGUUGCUUUUUAUAUGUUGGGAAUUUUCAAGGAUCUGAGAGACAAUUUCAAAGUUUGUUAAAUCAAGUAUGAGAGAUUCUUGUUACGAAAAACCAAUUAAAAAAAAAAAAAAAAAAAAACCUUUGAGGACUGUGUGUUGUAAACUGUUCACUGUCGGUCUUUGAACCCUGUGUAUUUUGAGCAAGCCAUCUGUACAGCUUUUUGCACAUGUCCUGCUUAUGGGUCUGUAAUUUUUUCUUUUAUGAUAGACAGAAAAUGACCAACAAAAACAGCAAUAUGUAAGGCAGUGUUUGGUCAUAUUAAAUUUCUUGUAAUAAUAAUAAUAAUAAUAAUUAUAAUAAGAAAAUAUUCCAAAGUGGUAAUUUGGGGUAGUUGUACUUUGCUUGUACACCGUUGUUUGGGUAUGUUGGAUUGUUACAUUGUGGUGCUUCUGUUUUUUUGUUUUUUUGACACAAUCACAACAUUGGUUAAAUGCACCUGCUGUAUACGUCAGUUAUUCAUUCUGUAUAAUUUCUGCAUUUCAUCAGAGAUGCAGAUUAUUCAUCCUAAUGUUGGACUGUAGGCCUAAAGCUGUCAACUUUGAUAUUUGCUUUAUCCAUCAUGGCAACAGUUAAUGUUAAUGAUAAUAUUGAAAACACUAAUUUUGCAAAAUACAUAAAAUCAUUAUUUAAUAAAUGGGGAUGAUAAAUGGACUGAUAAAUAACAGGACCCAUGAAGCAAAAUAAGAAUGUAUGUAUAUUCAGUAAAAGUAAAAUAUUUUCUGUUCAAAAGUACAUCUGUGCCCAUAAAACCACAAUUCUGCUUAAAUUGUAACUAUCAAGACUGGCGAGCUGCACUUUAUGUGAAUUUUUUUUUUUUUUAAUAAAAUUGUUCAAUGACAUUGACUAAUUUACCCAUAGAUUUAGACACUUGAAAACAAUUAUUGAAGAGAGACGUGACAAAUUGAGACAGCACCCAUUUGGCAAAUUAGAUACACAUGCUUGUAUCUAACAAUAUACAUUAUGGCCAUUAUGCAGUUUUAAUGAAUUAGUGUCACUUGAAGAAUAUCCCUAAACAUUUCAAAUGUCAAAGCUGAUGUUUUAGUGAAAGGUGCAUUCAUUAUUUUACAUUACAAUAAUAAUCAUUAUUAUGAAUGGUUGGUCUGCUGUCUCACCUUACCUGAUCAAGUUUUGUGUUGAUUAUGUACUGGGUUGAAAAUAAUUUGCCAGAUUGAGCGUUUAAUCAAUUCUUAAAGCAUUAAUAGCUGUUUUACAGUUGUGUAUUGAGCUGUUGACCAAAUUCAUGUGUCUGUGUGGAAAUGUCUUAUUUUUAAAUAAACAUUUCAGUUCUAAAUUCUAAAA